GCGAGUUUCUAGCUGAAAAAAUGUCGGUCGCCUUUGACCGACCACCGUGGGUUCAGCACGUUGGUCACACUUAUCGUUUUGUAAAUCGCUUGUCAUGCUCUUCGCCUUGUCAGUUUCUUCCGUCUUGGUUUUUAUAGGUAUUUGUCUCAUAACAACAUUGUGCUCCAAUAUUCCUUCAGUCAACGUAUACGCAUCAACUGUUACCCUCAUAAGUAAAUCGCAGACUGUGCACACACCGAUCAAAAUGGCAGGGGCCACGAUGUUCGCGCAUCUCAACAAGCCGUCAGACUUUGCGAUGAAAAAACUCGAGACGGAACACGACAGGAUACUUGAACGUGAAGCUUUGAUUCUGUCGCAGGGAGAACUUUUAAAGAAAGAAGGUAAGGCCAAAGAAUUGGCUGCCCUAAUUAAAGAAACCCGACCUUUUUUGACGGAGAUCAGCAAGGCUAAGGCGGCCAAACUAGUGCGGUCACUGGUCGAUCUGUUUCUUGACCUCGAAGCUGGCAUCGGAAUAGAACUUCAACUGUGCAAGGAAUGCAUAGAAUGGGCCAAAGAAGAAAGACGUACGUUUCUCAGGCAGUCCUUGGAGUCCCGUUUGAUGGCCCUCUAUUUUGACUCUGGUAUGUUCAAAGAAGCUUUGCAACAUGGUGCUGUACUUCUGAAAGAACUGAAGAAAUUGGAUGACAAGAAUUUACUGGUCGACGUUUUGUUAUUAGAGAGCAAAGCUUAUCAUGCUUUAAAUAAUUUAUCCAAGGCCAGAGCUUCUUUGACUUCUGCUAGGACAACAGCAAACUCAAUUUAUUGUCCACCUAAAAUGCAAGCUUCUCUUGACUUGCAAUCAGGAAUCUUACAUGCAGCUGAUGAGCAAGAUUUCAAAACUGCCUAUUCUUAUUUCUAUGAAGCUUUUGAAGGCUUUGAUAGUGUGGACAGCACUUCUAAGGCACUAAAGGCAUUAAAGUACAUGCUUCUGUCUAAAAUAAUGUUGAACAAUGCAGAAGAUGUUCAACAGAUAGUAAGUGGCAAAUUAGCUUUAAAAUAUACUGGUCGGGAUGUAGAAGCAAUGAAGAGUAUAGCUAAGGCUAGUCAUAAAAGAUCUUUAGCUGAUUUCCAAUCUGGAUUAAAUGAAUAUAAAAAGGAAUUGGAAGAGGAUCCAAUUGUCAGAGCUCAUUUAGAUACCCUUUAUGGAAAUAUGUUGGAACAAAAUUUAUGUAGAAUCAUUGAACCAUAUUCAAGAGUACAAGUUGAAUAUGUUGCUAAGUCAAUCAAUUUACCAAUGGAGAAUGUUGAAAGAAAACUUUCGCAAAUGAUAUUAGACAAAAAAUUCCAUGGAAUCUUAGACCAGGGCGAAGGAAUUCUUAUAGUAUUUGAAGAAGCUGAAAUUGAUGAAACCUAUGAAUUAGUUUUAGAUAAUAUAACUAACAUGGGCAAAGUUGUAGAUACAUUGUAUCAGACUGCUAAAAAACUAACAUAAAAGGUGAAAAAAGGUGUUAUUAAUAUCUAUACAAAAUUUAAAUAAUUAUUAAUAAAAAUUUAUAUGCUAA